GUCUUGGCGUUACGAGACCUGUUGGUUUGUUCUGGGGGUCACACGAGCCGAACUCGACACUGCCCCUCGGGUCCUCCCACAUUCCUAUCGUUUCCCUAAAUAUCGCAAAACAUCACUGCUUGUCCCGGUGAUGCUACUAAAGCUCAACGCUUAUCUCUGCUAAUCGGUCUUCAACACCGAAUCCUGAGAAUGAGCACAUCGACAGCCGAGCCCUCUUCUGGGCUCGACAAUGUCCGCCACCGCGCAAGGGCCGCAUCGUCAACCUCGAAGGAUGCCACGCCCCACGCCGCGGGGAGGCCCGAGUCUGAGACGGAAAGGGAGAGGGAGGCUCGUUCUAACAAGACGUAUGGCCGCACUCCGGAUGGAACAGUCUUCGUCGUCCCCGAAACACACGACAUGGUGUCACAGCUCCUCGAUCCCCGCGAACCCAAGAACCUCUCCGAUGUCCUGGUGCUCGCCAUCCUCGCCCUCCACAUCUGGGCCGCAUACGCCCUGCCCUCGAGCCUCAAGCGCCCCAUCUUUGCCCUUAUAUUCCUUUUCUGGAGGGCGUCCUACAAUGUGGGGAUAGGCUAUCUCUUGACCGUCCAAUCCAACUACAAGCUCAUCGUUACCUGGGCCAGGCGGAUGCAGCUCUUUGAGAACCCGUCUACCGGCAAGAACCCGCGUCCGUGGCUCUACCAGCUGCUCCAGAACGAGCUCGAGGCCAAAAUCCCCAAGGACUACAAGAUGGCCGAGGCACCCCUCGAGUAUAACACCUGGCUCGUCUUCCGCCGUGUGGUGGAUCUCAUUCUCAUGUGUGACUUUGUCUCGUACUGCCUGUUCGCCAUCGUGUGCUCCCACAAGCCGCUGGGCGAGGGCUUUGCCAUUGCUGCCGCCCGUUGGGUCAUCGGUAUCGCUCUCGUCGGCUUCAAUCUGUGGGUCAAGCUGGAUGCGCACAGAGUCGUCAAGGAUUACGCCUGGUACUGGGGCGACUUCUUCUACCUCAUUGAGCAGGAACUUACGUUUGAUGGUGUGUUCGAGAUGGCCCCGCACCCCAUGUACUCCAUUGGCUAUGCCGGGUACUAUGGUAUCUCCAUGAUGGCGGCUAGCUACGACGUGCUCUUCAUUUCCAUCCUUGCGCACGCCGCCCAGUUUGCCUUCCUGGCCAUCGUCGAAAACCCUCAUAUCGAGAAGACCUACAACCCGCCCCCGCCCCGCCAGCGUGCCGAGUCAGAGGCUAGCACACACUCCGAGACCACUGCCGAGUCGUUCAGAAAAUCAGCCAAGACCCCGGCGACUCCCUUGCCCGUCCACAACAUGGUGGGUGUCCAGAACUUCGACCCUUUCCGUAUCACCGACUACACCUCGGUACUCCUUGUUGCCUGCUUCGCGGCCCUCGCCAUUGUCACGCCAUCCACGACCAUUUACAAAACCCUCUUCGUGUUGAACGCCAUCGUCUGGCGCCUGUGGUACUCGGUCGGUCUCGGCGUCAUCCUGACAAAGCAAUCCAACGAGAAGAUGUUUACCAGGCACUUCCUCAAGUUCGGCGAAACUGCGGCAGAGGCCUGGCGCCAAUGGAAGGGCAUGUAUCAUCUGAGCAUGACUCUGUGCUACGUCUCAUUCCUCGCUGCGUGCUGGAAGAUGUACAACUACCCGGCGGACUGGGGCUACGGCUGGGUUCUCCUGAAGCACGUAGUUGGUUUCAGCUUGGUGGCGCUUCAGAUCUGGACCGCCACUAGCAUCUACGAGUCCCUCGGCGAGUUUGGCUGGUUCUAUGGUGACUUUUUCUUCGAUAGCACCGGAAAGCUCACCUACAAGUCUAUCUACCGCUUCCUAAACAACCCGGAGCGUGUCAUCGGCACCGCCGGCCUGUGGGGCAUGGCCCUCAUCACCUGGAGCAGCCCCAUCUUCCUGAUUGCCCUCAUCGGCCACAUCCUGACCCUCGGCUUCAUCUCCUAUGUCGAGAAGCCGCACAUGCAAAAGAUUUACGGCGAGAAUCUGCGCCAGGAAGCCGGCCUGACAAAGUUCAUCAAGCGCUCGCUUCCGGAGCCCGUAAAGGGGCUGCAGAUGAGCGUGGACAAGGUCUGGGAGGACUCCAAGCACUUCUUCGACGAUUUCGUCGAUGUCGCACGCACAAAGCUGGGUGCCGGAUCCUCAACCAUCGCCAGGGACACAUCGGCCUUGUUCAACAAGUACCCUGCCCGUCUCACCCUCAGCCGCAUCUCGCCCGACCUCGCCGGCUAUGACCCCAAGCACUACAGCAUCUCCAUGGAGGGUACGCCCUUGGUGGGCGCCGACGAGAAGGCCACCGGAAAGGAGAGCACCAGGGCCCGCGUGUCCAAGCCGGUUAAGACGAAGGUAUUCGAGUAUGGCGCCCCGAUCCGCGUCAAGUGGACCGCGCCCGCCAACCACAGCAAGAAGGAUUGGGUUGGCCUCUACAUGGUCACCGACAACCGGUCGCGCGAGGUCACCGAGGUCCCGACUCUCGGCCGCUGGGUGCCAACCCGCCCCGGCCAGUACGACACCACCACCGACCAGGGUAUUGUCUCGUGGGACCAGCCAACUACAACACCGUGCCCGUCACCCGAAGUGGACGUCGUUAAGGGUGAGAUGGUCUUCGAGGGCGAUAAGCUGUGGUGGACGCAGGGCGUCUUCGAGUUCCGUUAUCACCACAAUAGCGGUCACAACGUUAUGUCCAUCUCGGAGCCCUUCGAGGUGCGCCUAGCCAAGGUAGAUGACGAGGACGCCGGAGUGGCCGGUCGCCAGGAGGUUGAAAGCGCCCUCCUGCCCAUCGUCCGCAACUGCCUGGACCGCGACCCCGAUAUCGCCCCUGGUACUGUCGAGGAGCGGUUCGGUGCCCACGUCGAGCGGGACAGCAAGUAUGCCAAGCGGGUCGUUUACGCCAUCCACCACAUGUUCGGUGUCGAGUUUGCCCCGGCCGUCGUGCCGGCCGACGGCGACGUGCGGAAGCUGGCUUGGCGGAUAUGCAGCGCGAAGGAAGUGCUCGCUCCCUAUAGCAUGUCUGAGAGACAGGGACAGGGCCCGUCGACCCCUGUCCGGGAUAAGUUUCCAACCUCGUUGUAAAGGAGGGACUGCAAGGGAGGGGGAUAUAGAGGAUGAUGGCCUAUGUUUACGUGUUUAUGCAUGGCUCGACUGUAGAGUGUGGCGUCGGGGUUGCG